AUGGCGAUCGCGCGUCCCGUCAGAAUGCUCGGCCUGGUCGCCGCCGCCCUCUGGUGUUUUUUGCUGUACCAGAUAUUCAAGCCGACCGCGUCGAUCUACGGGCCCGCCGGCCGGUAUACCAACUUUGAGCGAGAUCCAAACCUGGACCCUACCGGCGAACCGGAGGGCGUCCUCGUUCGCACCUCUUCCAAGUACGCGCCCGAUGCAAAAGAUACCGACCGCAUACCUGCGACCCUACUAGCGCUCGUCCGAAACAGCGAGGUGGACGACAUGGUCGCUUCCAUGGUCGACCUCGAGCGAACAUGGAAUCACAAGUUCAACUACCCUUGGACUUUUUUCAACGACGAGCCCUUUUCGGAGGAAUUCAAAAAGAAAACGAGCGCAGCGACCAAAGCCAAAUGUAACUAUGAGGUCAUCCCUGACGAGCACUGGGCAGUCCCAUCCUGGAUCGACAUGGACAUGUUUGAGGCAUCUGCUACUGUCCUUGAAAAGAACGGCGUCCAGUACGCCCGAAUGAUGUCGUACCAUCAAAUGUGUCGCUGGAACAGCGGCAUGUUCUACAAGCAUCCUGCCCUGAAGGAUGUCCGCUACUACUGGCGCGUCGAGCCCAAAGUCCACUUCUUCUGCGACGUCGACUACGAUGUCUUUCGCUACAUGCACGACAACAACAAGACUUACGGCUUCACCAUUACCCUCUACGACGACCCGAAUACUCUGCCCACCCUCUGGCCCGAAACCGCCAAGUUCCUCGCGGACCAUCCCUCCUACAUGAAGGAGAACAAUGCCGUCAAAUGGGUGACCGACAGCGAACGCCGACCGGAGCACAACCUGAACGCGCAAGGCUUCUCGACGUGCCACUUUUGGACCAACUUCGAGGUCGCCGACAUGGAGUUUUGGCGCAGCAAGGUCUACGACGACUACUUUAACCACCUGGACAAGGCCGGUGGCUUCUUCUACGAGCGCUGGGGUGAUGCGCCCGUCCACAGUAUUGCCGUUGGUCUUUUUGAAGACAAGAGCAAGAUCCACUGGUUCCGCGAUAUCGGAUAUCAGCACAUUCCCUUCUUCAACUGUCCCAACUCACCAAAGUGCAAGGGAUGCGUGACUGGCCGCUUGACGGACGGAGAGCCAUUCCUUCACCGGGAGGAUUGCCGGCCCAACUGGUUCAAGUACGCCCACAUGGACUAA